GCCAUUCCGUGACGGCACCUGGACAACAGCAGCAGCAGCAGCAGCAGCAGCGGCGGCAGCGAAUUGAUCUGGUCUGAUCCGACUCGGCGGUUGUUGUUUUGCGGGUCGCUGCGCCGACGGACGAACCCAGUCGGUCUCGAGGCCGGUGAGGUCACCUCCGAUGGUGCGGUCACGGACGGCGUAACUGCACGCGACGGCAAAAGACAAAAAAAAAUGAAUACUGAAGAGAGCGACAGGGACUCAAAACCGAAAACCCAUUGAAGGUUCCAAGUUACGAGUCAAAAACAAUAUUUGAGGUUUCAGAAGGCUUUCUUUCGAUCCAUCGGCGAGAGUACUGGCAUCUUCUUCUUCUUCCUCCUCGAUCUACUUCCCCUCCCGCCGCUGGCGCCUCGAGAAAGGUCAGAGAUCGAUUGCGCGAGACUCUCUUUGUUCUUAUCCGAUCGUAUCGAUUAUGCGGGGGGGAGCUCAUUUAACUUUGGACGGUCAUGUGUUUCUCCUGUUUCUCUGGAAACGAUAGACGACAGCGAGCGGAUCAGGAUGGACCCUCUACGGCAAGCCAUGCAACAGGCAAUUAUGGAGCUAGUUAUGCAUCACAUCCUGCCCCGAGGGCUCCUCAACCUGUGAGAAUGCAGCCUAUUGAAGUUCCUUCCAUUUCUGUUGAGGAAAUAAAAGAAAUCGCGAAAAAUUUUAGCAAUGAUGCUUUAAUUGGAGAAGGCUCUUAUGCCAGAGUAUACUAUGGUGUCUUGAGAAACGGAAGAAAAUCUGCAGUUAAAAAGCUUGAUGCCAGCAAGCAGCCCGAUCAAGAAUUUCUCACGCAGGUGUCCAUGGUCUCAAGGUUAACUCAUGAAAAUGUCAUUGAGCUGCUCGGUUAUUGUGUUGAUGGAAAUCUCCGUGUACUUGCUUACGAGUAUGCGACGAUGGGGUCCCUUCAUGAUAUUCUACACGGGAGGAAAGGUGUGAAAGGAGCACAACCUGGUCCAGUUUUAUCUUGGGCACAGCGUGUAAAAAUUGCUGUGGGAGCCGCUAGGGGACUUGAAUACCUACAUGAGAAAGCGCAACCCCAAGUCAUUCACCGUGAUAUCAAAUCCAGCAAUAUACUUCUUUUUGAGGACUAUGUCGCAAAAAUAGGCGAUUUUGACUUGUCGAAUCAGUCUCCUGACAUGGCUGCACGCCUCCACUCUACUCGUGUUCUUGGAACUUUUGGCUAUCAUUCUCCAGAGUAUGCAAUGACUGGGCAGCUUAGCACGAAGAGUGACGUUUACAGCUUUGGUGUGGUCCUUUUGGAGCUUUUGACUGGGCGUAAACCGGUUGAUCAUACGUUACCACGGGGUCAGCAGAGUCUUGUGACAUGGGCCGCGCCAAGACUUAGUGAAGAUAAGGUGAGGCAAUGUGUGGACCCCAGGCUAGGCAGUGAGUACCCUCCCAAGGCUGUUGCAAAGUUGGCUGCGGUAGCUGCUCUAUGCAUACAGUAUGAAGCUGAUUUCAGGCCCAACAUGAGCAUAGUUGUCAAAGCUCUCCAGCCUCUGUUGAAUGUUCGGUCUGGCCCUUCUGCCGAGGCUCCACGAGUGUGAAAUUCUUCUGUCUUCUUCUUUUGCUUCUUGUAGUGCUUCACAAUUGGGGAUUGCUUGCCAACAAGUUUUUUCUUUUCUCUCUCUUUUUUUGUAUGUUUUCUUUUUUUUUGAGUGGAGUUUCCCAACAAGGUAUGAGGAUCUUUCCUUGUAUAUCCAUGUAUGCUUAUUAUAUUAAUAGUGUGUGAAUAACAUCUUGAUCUCUAUAGGUUAAUCUAUCAGAGACCUUUGACGGAA